AUGGCCUCCUCUCCUACCUUCCCAGAUAUGACGAUGUCGAACAAAGAUAAAGAGAAUGGAGGACUUACGCUUGCUAUUAUUGGUUGUGGAACAAUGGGCACUUCAAUUCUCACUGGUAUUCUCAACGCAAAGUCCAAAGGCGCUGCUACAGAUUCAAAUAUAAACACAUUUAUCGCCACAGUCAACACAAUGGCUUCCGUAAUACGAUUGCGCAAACAAUUCCAUUCGAGCGAAUCACGUGUUCAUAUCCUUGUUGGGAAUGACGGGGUACUUCAAGCUAUGCAAAAGGCGGAUAUUGUUCUACUAGCGUGUAAGCCAUAUACAAUCGAGGGAGUACUCUCAAUGCAAGGAGUUAAAGAGGCAUUGGGAGGAAAACUGGUGAUUAGUGUAGCAGUAGGAACACCGGUGGAAAAAAUGACGGCUGCGAUCGGAAUCUCAGAAUCUUCCAUUGGAAAAGGCAAAGGAAAAGAAAUUGCCAUCGUCCGCGCAAUGCCGAGUCUAGCAGCCAGUUUCGGGGAAUCAAAUACCGUAGUGGAAAUAUCUCCUUCGAUGGUUCUUUCGCAACAAAAUAAAUCUAUUGUUCGCUACAUUUUUAGAUGUAUAGGAUCGAUAGUGGAGGUGGGUCCUGGGCAAUAUGAUGCGGCCAGUGUCAUGGCGGCAACGAGCAUGGCGUUUUUAACAGUGGCGCUCGACGGGAUACUAGAUGGGGGCGUGAAGGAGGGGAUUAAGAGGAGUGAGGGAAGGGAUAUCUUGGUGAGGAGUUUGAAGGGCUUGGUAGGACUGUUGGAGGGUAAGGGAGAAGAGAGCAGUGGGGAUGAUGGAAAAAGAGAUGGGAAAGCGAAUGGCUGGCAAAAAGAGAAGUCGAAAGGAAUGACGGGCGAUGAGAUUAGAGAACAGUUCAGUAGUCCGAGAGGAACGACGAUUGAGGGGCUGGUGGGACUGGAGGAGGACAGAGUGAGGUAUGCAUAUUGUAGGAGUGUGAUGAGAGCGACGAAGCGAAGUUUGGAAAUGUAG